AGAGAGACGCUCAGUUGCUCCCUCGUCUACGCUGGGCCGAUACAUACCCACUAUACGAACGCGCGUAGUAGCGCGUGACACCAGCACAAGAGACUAAAGACUAAAGGGUUUUGGAUGAUGGAUGCUGCGACCCCUCUCUCGCUCUCUCCGAUAAAAAUCAGACCAGACUCUGUACUUGUAUAUAUACAUACGCACGACUUUGAACUACUUGACAACCAUGAUAAUUGUUAAGGAUGCUCGCUGACUGAGCCUUCCAACACGCUUCCCUUUCCUCUUUUUCGUCGUCGGCUGCUUCUUCGUCUUCUCUCUUCAUUCUCUACAUUAUAACCCAUUUUCUCACCAACCCAUCUUCUGAUCUUAUUGUGGUUGUGAAAUUUCAUCUCUUUCUUUUAUUUCCUUAGGAUUUUUUGUUGGGUUUUCACGUUUUAUUGAUUUAAUUUUGGGUUUUAUUCCUACGGGUCUAAAAGCUUGAAGCUUGUAAUUGGACCUUGCGCUUGGCUAUCCUGAAGAUCCGAGCAUUUUCCACGUCGGAAUCGAUUUUCUGUUUAUCUUUGAAUUUGUGUGCUUAGAUUUUGAGCCGGUAGAUGCCUGGUGGUUUGACAUUUUCCUUGUUACAAGGACAAGUUUGAGGAUAAAUUUGAGUGAAGAUUAACUUAUACUGGUUUUGAAGAAUGGAUGCACAUUCAGAUAGAACUUCGCAAGAUCACACUCUCUUUGCUGCUCAUGGCCAUGCAGAUGGUUUAGCAGUUAACAGUUCUGUUCACCCAGCAACAUGUGUGAUGUGCAGACGAAAUUUUAAUCCUGAUAGUGAUGACCUUGAAACUAUCAGUAUAUGUGGGGACUGCAAAUUUUUGCUUCUUGAAGAUCUUGGGGAUUCAACAGUUGAAUCUCUUCGGAGGAGGUCUCGCAGAGGAAGAAGAACUGGGUACAGCAGCUCUGAGUCAAUUGAAAAUUUUUUUUCACAACAGUUAUCACAUGUGAUUAAUCAGUCGAGACAAAACCAAUCCAUUGUACCUGGUCAUGACAAUUCAUCUGUCAAUGGAGAUGCUUCUGUUAGACUGUUGCAGCACAUGAGCUCCCAUACAACACCAACUGGUUCUCGAAGAUGGCAACGGGUUCUGUCAGACACUGAAAGUGAGGGUAUUGAUAAUUUGGAUUCGCUUUAUGGUGAGAAUGAAACAACUCCCAGUGUCAGUUGGUCCAGGGUUUAUCAUGGUGAGAGUGAUGCCAUUUCUUUUAGUGCAUAUGGAGGGGACUCUGAUGUAGAUGUGGAUGGACAAAGCUUUGUGGAUACCGAGAUUUUUAUUCGACCAGGUGAGGGAAGCAGUGUUGACAGUGAUACUGACAUCGAUCCAAUGCAUGCUGGUCUCAACCAUUGGACCUAUGAUGGUGAGGAGGAGGAUGAUGAAGAAGAAGAAGAUGGUGAAUGGGAAGAAGCUGAUAUUGAGGAACUCUCAAUUGAAUCUGUGGUAGCAAGACCAAGGGUUCAAAAUUAUAUAAUUUCAAGUCCACCUGAAGGUAAUGGCUCCAGAAAUGGGCAUCAACCAUCAUAUUCUCCUGAAUUUGGGGGCCUAACUCACUGGAGAAUCAGGCAAGACGGACAAACAUAUAACAGGGACAUCUUUGCUAACUUAGAAGAAUCAGAAUUACCACGAUAUGUAGGAAACUCUGGGGAUUAUCUGGAUGCAAGAGGCUUUGAAGAAUUUCUUGAACAUCUUGCAGAGACUGACAGCUCAAGAAGAGGAGCACCACCUGCAGCUACAUCCUUUGUGAAUAGCCUGCCUCUCGUGAUCAUUAAUGAGGAGCAUGAAAAGCAUGAUGGUUUGGCUUGUGCAAUUUGCAAGGAUGUUUUGUCCAUUGGCACUAAAGUUAAUCGGCUUCCUUGCCUUCAUCUAUAUCAUCCUUACUGUAUUUUGCCAUGGUUAAGUGCCCGAAAUUCAUGUCCUCUUUGUAGGUAUGAGCUACCAACUGAUGACAAAGAAUAUGAGGAGGGUAAGCGGAACAAUAGGGAUAGAAUGGGGAUCCAUGAAAUUCAACAGCAGGAUCCAAUUGAGGACAGUUCCUCUGAUGUCUCAGAUGGCAGUGAAGAAGAUGGUGAAUUUGACCAAGGUGGAAUGGAGCGAAGGGAGCUUCUAGACAUGGACCCUCCUGUAAGCAGCUCUGGAAGAGAAGGCAGUAGAAGGAGAUGGUUUUUUCUUGCUGCUGCUCCAAUUGUCAGUCUUAUGGGUUUUGUCCUUGUAUUGUGGCUAGGAAAUAAUCAAGGAAGAGGGCCUACUCGUCAUUGCAACUUACCUGAGAGAGGGCUUCAUCAAAUUCACGUUCCUGGCUCUUCCACACCCAACCAAAGGGGCAACAGAAGUCGGAGAUGGUGGUCUCUUUUCUAAGUGAUUCCAUGCUUGACUGAUGGGCCUAACCCAGAAUGUUGAUUCAUGCUUAUCACCAACUGGAUAUGCAUGCAAACAAUUGUAGUAAUUUUCCAAGUUUAUUAAAAUUCUAAUGCUUGGUGUGGUGGUCUGUUGUUGCAAUCAUGGCACCAUUUAUGACUAAAGUUGCAGUGUCAAUGGUGAGUCGUCUGAGCCUUUGUGCUGCUGUCUUUUCCUAGGUCAAUGACUGGUAUUAAUUACCUGUGGAGCUUAAUUCGAGGGAAUAGCGCCUGCCUUGAUAUUUGGUUGUUCUAUGGUUUUCCCCCUUUAUUGGCUGAAGAGGGGUUAUUUUUAAAAUGGUCUGGUGUGUCUUUCUAUGGUUAAAGUUUGAGUUUGAGGUUGAGGUUAGUGUGCAUGACUAGGCAUUGCUGCUUUUGUAUAUGAUUAACUAGCAACAUCAAUGAAAGUUUUAUUGGAAUAUCAUGUAUCUGUUUAAGAGGCUUGUUAACCAUCUCCAAGUCUUUCCUUCC